AUGACGUCUCACUCGCCGUCGCCGAACAACCAGAUGCCGAGCUCAUCGGAAACCGACAGAUCUCGUAGUAGACCUCCAAAGAGAUUGGUGCCUUACUUGCUGGGUGUCUUGUGUGUUUGCAUUCUGCAAUCACAAACGAUCUUUACACAUCGAAGAGUCCUAAGCAAUGCACUUUGGUUGGGUGAAUUAGAAGAGCAGCUCGUGGAAGCAGCGGCAUCUACUACAACAAAGAGGAGGGUGCUUCGUCAGGAUCAGGAGGAUACCCCAACAGGAGGCAUCGUGUCCAAAGCAGCAUCUGCCAGAGCAAAUACAAGAAUGCGAAUGCCCCUGCACGAUCAGGAGGAUAUCCCAACUGAGAGGAUCGCUUCAAAAAAACGGAUCAGCGACGUGGAUGCGCCUACCACAACAAACAAGAGAAAAUCUCAUCCAAAGGAUACCCCAACUGUUAGGAUCAUUUCCAAAGUCUAUCCUCAGAACAUGACUCACCAUAGCUCUCACCAUCAUCAUGAUCAUAACAAGAACGAAACCUCCUUCAAACACAACAGCUCGGUUGCUACCAGUAAAUCUAAACAGAACAAAACCAAGAAAGGUGAGGGGGGAAAUGAGGCCGACAAGAGGACAACUCAACAGGGGGAUACCGCGACGACAAUUAAGAUCAUUUCUAAAGUCAGUCAUAAGAAUUUGACUCGCCGUCAUCAUGAUCAUAACAAGAACGAAACCUCCCUCGAACUCAACAGUUCGGCUGUGACCAAUAAACCUGAGCAAAACAAAACCAAGAUUAGUGAGCGGGGAAAUGAGAACACCAAGAGAGGAAGUCAACAGGAGGAUACCAGAACAGUUAAGGUAGUUUCCAAAGUCAGUCAUCAGAAUUUGACCCGCCGGCAUCAUGGUAAUCUUCACCACAACAACUCCCAUCAUCACACCCACAACAAAAAUGGAACAUCCCUGAAACACGGCACCACCGCUGCGAGGCAAAGGCUUUCACAACUGCAAGCAUCGCCUUUUGAGACAGAUGACCUGUGUGGAGGUUGUAGAUAUCAACAAACCCACAAAGUCCAAUGUGGAAGACUCAUCGAAGAGCUUGCUAGAGAUCAGAACAUGACAUUGGUUGAAGCCGCCAGGGAGGCACUUGAAAAAGCUGACACAGUACCAAAAAAGUGUCGAGUUUGUUUGGAGUGCGAAGAACACCACCGCCAAUAUUGGAGACCUGACAUGGCUGCUCCUACGAUCCAUAAGGCAACAACUCACUACUUGACCACAAUCCCGGAAGAACAGUACAGGAUACCACGGGAUGUGCUCGCUACGGAAGGACACGAUAACAUUACUCAAUACUUCAAACAAGAGCCCAAUCGAUACCCAGCCAAACGAUAUCUCUUUGAGUACAAUCCAACCAUUGUACCCAUGCCGGUCAACGACGUUCAAUCCAUGCUCGCAUUUGAUGGAGUUUCUCCGACCUACGUUGCUUCAUAUCGUGUAGGGACACAGCAAUCGUGCUUCCCUGCCAAUACAACUCUUGAAAUGAUUGGGGGAUCCUGGGAAAGUAAACCACCCUCUAUCAGUUACCUAGGCAUUGCUUUGCUCGACAAAGACUUGGCUCUCCUCGCAGAUGUGGUGCUGAAUCUGCCAACAAGCUUUGGCAAGAGAGAAGACUUCCGACUCUUUGUGUUGCACAACCAACUCUAUCUGUCAUCCUAUGCUAAACUGACGCCCCUUCACAUUGGGAAUGAAGAGCGUCCGCCAUACAAUCAUAUCUCUGAGACAGUAGUUGACAAAGUCUUUGAUUCACCCCUGCAAGUCACAAUUGGCAAACGACCCUUGUUUAUCAGCAAUGACACGGCAGUCCUCAAACAUGGGAAGAAUUUCAACUACUUUGUAGACCCCGAUACAAACCACACAAUAGUCGAGUUGAAUCCAGCUGGCGAUUUACUGUCCAAGCACCGUCCUCAUUUGGUCCAACCAGUCGACUUGACACUCCCAACCGAGAGCAACAACCUGCAAGGGCAACGCUAUGGGAGUGCCAACUUCUCAAGGGUUGCAUUCCACGGUAAACCGUCGUUCUACACCGCCGAUGAGUUGGCACUGGCUAGAUACCAAAACUUUUAUGAGAGUCCAUAUGUGGCAGACCGAGGUAGCGCUUGUUGUAUCCCAUUUGAAGAGCCAAGUCACAAGAAGCAACUGCUUUUGGGCAUUAGUCAUGUCAAGAUCCCGUGGGGGCGUCUCAGGAUGCAAGAAGCCGGAUUGGUGCCCAACCAAUACCUGAGUCGGUUCUAUGCAAUAGAGGCAACGGCACCCUACCAGACGGUAGCCAUGAGUGGAUACAUUUGCUUGACCUCUUUUACCAAUGACGCGAAUGACAACCCACUGGCAGCCCGGCCACCUCACGUCUGGUUCUCUAUUGGGGAACUCACGUUGAACUGUCCAGCUAUUCACUUUGUCACAGGCAUGACCGAGAAGGUGGACGACCCCAGUACUCUCAUCAUUGCCUAUGGAGUUAGUGAUUGCACAUCUUGGUUUGUGGAAGUGUCGAAGCAAGAAGUCGUUGAUUUACUGUAUGGACCGCCCAAAGUAACUGCACUGGAAGCAACUUCUCCAAAAGCAUUAGAAACACCAAAAAAUCCCAAGAAAGAACCAGAAGCAAAAACUCCAAAGGUAACAAAAGCAACAACUUUGAGAGAACCCGAAGCAACAACUCCAAUGGCGCCAAAAGCAACAACACCCGAAGCAACACCAAUCGUGAACGUCAAGGUAGAGCGACGUCCAAAGGCACCAAAAGCAGCAUCUUUGAACGAACCAGAAGCACCAACUUCAAAGGCACCAAAAGCAACAACUCCAAAGGCACUAGAGGUGACAACUCCAAAGGUACCAAAGGCACUAACACCAAAGGCACCAAAAGCACCAACUCCAAACGCAUCAACAGCAACAACUUUGAAAGAACCCGAAGCAACAACUCCAAAUGCGCCAAAAGCAACAACACCCAAAGCAACACCAAUCGUGAACGUCAAGGUAGAGCGACAUCCAAAGGCACCAAAAGCAGCAUCUUUGAACGAACCAGAAGCAAAAACUCCAAAGACACCAAAAGCAACAGCCCCAAAAGGCACCAAAGGCAACAGCGGCGCCACAACGGCGCCAAAUGCACCAAAGGCAACAACGGCCCGAAAGGCAACAACGGCCCGAAAGGCAACAACGCCAAAGGCACCAAAAGCACCAACUUCGAAAGAACCGGAAGCAGCAAAUCCGAAGGCACCAAAAGCGACAACUUCGAAAGAACCAAAAGAAACAACUCCAAAGGCACCAAAAGCAACAACUUCGGAAGAAUCCGAAGCAACACCAAUCGUGAAUGUCAAGGUAGAGCGACGCACGAAGGGGGGGGAUCGUGCGGAAGCUCUUGCGUAG